CGCGAGCGAGGUUUAUAAAAGCACAGAGCGGCUCAAGAAGUGAUGGGUUAAAAAUGUUUGGCGAGCUAUUUGUGGCCUGUCGCUUUACACGCAGCAUACAGACAGAGUAGCAUGGAGACACUUCUUUUUCUAUUUCCUCAAUUCAACUACAUGGCCCCAAAGGAGGAAGCAUAUUUCAAAAUGCUUAGUCCAGAACACUUGCAGGCACCAAAGAUGAAGGACGAUUCGAGCAGACAGAAAGACAAGGAGAGGAAGAGUCGACUAAGCCUUUUUCUCACCAAGUCGGGCUCCCAUGAAAACGUCAGUCCCCAUAAAAAGACAAAUCCGACGGCCAGCAAUAUCUCACCAGAGGCAGCUUUGCAGUGGAGCGACUCCUUUGAAGAACUGCUGAAGCACUCGGAUGGGGUAGAAACCUUCGGUCAGUUCCUCAGGACAGAGUUCAGUGAGGAGAACAUUCAGUUCUGGUUGGCCUGUGAAGAAUUCAAGACCAUUGAUUCUGAGACAAAGCUGCUGUCUAAAGCCAAAUGUAUUUAUACAGUAUUUAUUGAAUCGGAAGCCCCUAAAGAGGUCAACAUUGACUACAGCACCAAGGUGGCCAUCAAGAAGGACAUGGCACAGCCCACAAACAGCUGUUUUGAAGCCGCACAGAUGAAAGUCUACAGCCUGAUGAAAAAGGACUCCUACCCUCGGUUCCUGCACUCUGACAUUUAUCUGCGUCUCACCAGGCAGAAAGGCCCCGGGGCCAACAUGUUUCGCAGAAGGUCACGCUCCUGUGUUUUCAAUGAGCGAGGCGAGGCCACGACUGAACCCUCGGCCUGGCAGCUGUAACAUCCUGGGCGCAGUCGGUCGCUCUGUGAAACAGAUUAAACAGGAGAUAAUCCUUGAUUUGCAGCACAGUUAGUGUAGCACAGAGCUUUGUUAUUCACUGGUUUGCUUCUGCAAAGUGCAUAUGUUUUCUUUUUUUUUAUAACCCCAGGGGUCAUAGUGGAUUAUGCAUCAAAAUUACAGGGAUACACAAUUAAGGCAAUAAUUUGAUAAUUUGUGAAAUACAUCUAUUUGCUCUCUAUGAGUUACACAUGAGGGUCAAUACCUUUCUCCUGUGUGUAUAUAACAAGCUACAGCCAGCAGCCGGUUAGCUUGGCUUAUUUUAAGUGGUGGAAACAGGGAUAAAUUAGCCUGGCUCUGUCCAGUAUUAAAACAUCACAUCUGAAACUCACUACACUCACUAAGUCACUCACCAGCACGUUAUAUCUUUUCUAUUUAAAGGUUCAGUGUGCAGAAUUUAGUGACAUCUAGUGGCGAAGUUGCAUGUUGCAGCUGAACACCCCUCACCUUACCCUCCCCUUCCAAACAUGUAAGAGAACCUGUGGCAGCCUUCAGCUGUCAUAAAACCUCAAGAGGUGUUUAGUCUGUCCACUUUGGACUACUGUAAAAACAUGGUGGUCUCCGUAGAGAGGACCUGUUCCCGAUGUAAAUGUAAAGUAUUUAAAUAUAAAGGGCCCAUUCUAUAAAUUCAUUGAAUUUAGAUGAAACACACUAGUGAAAACAUCGCUAGGAUUAUUUUAUAUUCAAUUUGUGCCAAUAGAUCCCUUUCACCUAAAUCUUACAGACUGGACCUUUAAUCUGCACCGGACCAUUUCUUGUCCAGUAACCUCUUGGAGUCUUCACUGGUUUCAUCACAACCUCGCAUACGACAACAUACAUGGAAGUUUAAGUUUGCUGUUAACAGUAUUUAUGCUAAGCUAACUGACUGAUAUCCACCAUACAGACAUGAGAGCGAUAUUGAUUUUCUCAUCUAACUCUCGACAACCAAGCGAAUGAGUUUGUUUCCUCAGAUGUAGUUUUUCUUUCAGUUCUAUACUACGCAGCACGAUAACAGCAUGACACCAUCGGCCUUUCAGCUGUAAGAAUACAUUUAGAAAGGUUAUGAGGCCGCUACGUCGCAGCCUUGUGGUUAUCUGAAAAUAGCGAAAGCCCUCUGGCCAGUCAGAAGUAUGUGGCCACAGAGAAUAGAGUAUCUGUCUGUCUAUCAGUAUAAAACCAGAUGACUCUAUCUAUUCAUCGUCUUUCUCAGAGGCACUGCACUGUUUGUGGAUUGAACCUGAUGAUUUCUAUAGUUUCUCAACUCUUGACAAAACUUUAUUGACAGCGGUAGACAGAAUCUCUUACUGCUUCUCUCUAGCUCUACUGUACAGGCCUCCGCACUGACCUCAGACAUGUUACAUUUCCUCAUCUUCCAAGCCAGAGACAGCACCUCAUACCACAUAAUUACAGUUGAUUUAGUGUAUAUAAAUUGACCAUAUCACAUUAUAACAUAUUCAUGAUUUUAGCCCUCGCACUGUCCAAAUUGCCUCAAGUCUCACCUGCAGUGGAAGCCUGCAGCCACGUAGAGAAGCUCUGAAACUUUUUAACGAGGGAUACCGAUCUCUCAUUUUCCAUUAACAAUUAUAAUGUAUUCUCACACACAAAAUAUGCAUCUAUCUUAUUUGAAUACUAAUAUCUUAUUAAUCAUGAUUGCUGAUUUCAGUUUACUACCAUCUAACAUUAUUUAUGCGUUUGUUGUGAUCAUAUGUGUGUUGCUCGCUGUUGUAAAUGUACAUACUAUAAUAUGUGAAAUAAUUCAAAUAAACACUUUCGUAUAAAA